AUGCCUCUGAAUCUUCUAACCUUCGGUCUCACUGCUUAUUCCUAAGUCAGACACGGACAAUGGACAGGGGCAAAGUUCAAGUGCUUUAUGAUGCUUGCAGCGCUAUAUUUUCUCAGGAAGGACUUACAACUUAUCAGCAAAUCCAGUAUCUGAAAAAUCUCCUUGACAGAAUUGAAGCUAUUGAUGUGGGAAUUGAUGAGUUUGGGAUGGGCGAUUCUCCGAUCUCAAGCCCAGACAGUGGCAGCAGCAGGGGAUUGCUUUGUGCGCAAGCUUUCUCGGAAAUAACAUACAUUCACAUCCAUGAAUGCGACCAUUUCUCUAUGGGGGCGUUCUGUUUUCCAGCAGGAAAGGUAUUCCCGCUUCACGAUCAUCCAGGAAUGACAGUGUUGAGCAAAGUCCUCUAUGGUUCCGUCCACGUCAAAGCCUAUGACUGGAUCAAGUUAGAUGCCAGCGGCUGCCCAACAUGGGGAUUGGCAAGCAAGGUGGUGGACGGAAUAAUGGAAGCAGCAGAAGAGCCAUCCGUACUGUUUCCGAGAAGUGGAGGCAACAUUCACUGUUUCACAGCGUUGACGCCUUGUGCCAUCCUGGACGUGCUGUCUCCCCCGUACUCUCAGGACCUGGGAAGGCCUUCCACUUACUUCUCAGACUUCCCCAUCCCUUCCCUCCCUGGUUAUGCUUGGCUGGAGGAAAAGCCACUGCCGGAUGACCUCAUUGUGAAAGGAGCGCCAUAUCUGGGACCUCCCGUUGCAGCCGAAUGCGAUAUUUGUCUCUGCGGUUUCACAAAUUAGGUGUGACUUGUUUAGUUAGUCUUCUCAGGCUCAGGCAUGUGUAGAUCCCAAGUGCAGAAGCCCAACACCACCAGAUAGGUGAUUUGGUCAAUAGCUACUGUCUGUCUGUGCGUUUGACCCUAGUAAUGACGGAGCCCAAAAGUUUCACCUCCAGAGCAAGGCAAUGUUUAGUGUUUUGCUGUCUCUGCUCACUGAGAAGCUUUACAUCUUAAUCAAGGGGCUCCUACCACGGUAAAGAUUAUUCAAAUAUAGCUGCUGCCUGCCGCCUUAGGAUUUCUUGUACCCCCGCUUUAAAACUUUGUAUUAUAUACUAACAUUUCCAACUCCAACGUGUAAAUGUUUUUUUUUUUUUGGGAAUUAGAUAGAUAAGUAUAUUGGUUCGAGGUUAUAAGUAGAAUUGAAUCCAUAACUCUUCACUUAUAAGAGAAUUUAUACAACACUUAGAUAUAAUGUCAUUAUCUGCUGGUCCCAGCUCUUCACUUUUUUCGUUCA